CGCCGCGCCAGGAUCCAGAGAAUCGGGGCGGGUGGAGGUUGUGCGCGCGCGGGGGCGGCGAAGAUGGCGGCGCAGUCGCCUCUUGAAAGCUUCCAGGGAUGAAGUUCCCACACGAUUUUUGAUAAUCUCCCAAAGGUGCUCUUUCGAGAGGCAAAAGGCAACCAUGGUGAAGGAAACGGGCUAUUACGACACUCUGGGAGUGAAACCCAAUGCCACCUCCGAUGAAAUUAAGCGUGCCUACCGCAAGCUAGCAUUGAAGUACCAUCCUGACAAGAACCCCAGCGAAGGCGAGCGGUUUAAGCUCAUUUCCCAGGCUUAUGAGGUCCUGUCGGAUCCGAAGAGGAGAGACCUCUAUGACCAGGGUGGCGAGCAAGCCAUUAAAGAAGGCAGCUUAAGUGGCGGCAAUUUCUCUUCGCCCAUGGACAUCUUCGACAUGUUUUUUGGCGGCGCUGGCCGGAUGAAUCGAGAGAGAAGAGGUAAGAAUGUUGUCCAUCAGUUGAGCGUCACGCUGGAGGACUUGUACAUGGGAGCCACAAGAAAACUAGCCCUUCAGAAGAACGUUAUCUGUGACAAGUGCAAAGGUUACGGUGGGAAAAAAGGGGCCGUAGAAAAAUGCCCCACCUGCAAAGGGCGAGGCGUUCAGGUGUUGGUCCAGCAGAUCGGACCCGGGAUGGUGCAGCAGAUUCAGACCGUGUGUCCGGACUGCAAAGGCCAAGGGGAACGGAUAAAUCCCAAGGACAGGUGUACCAACUGCAACGGCAACAAGGUGGUUAGAGAGAAAAAAAUUAUCGAAAUUCACAUCGAUAAAGGUAUGAAAGAUGGCCAGAAACUCGUCUUUCACGGAGAAGGCGAUCAGGAACCCGACCUAGAACCGGGAGAUGUCAUUAUUGUACUGGAUCAAAAAGAUCACUCUGUAUUUCAGAGGAGAGGCAAUGACUUGGUGAUGAAAAUGAAAAUCCAGCUGACGGAGGCCUUGUGCGGCUUCAAGAAGAGUGUGGAGACGCUGGACGACAGGGUCCUCCUCAUAUCCUCCAAACCAGGGGAAGUGAUAAAACACGGAGACAUCAAAUGCAUCAUCAACGAAGGGAUGCCGAUCUACAAAUCCCCCUUGGAGAAAGGAUCCUUGAUCAUGCAGUUUUUGGUUGCCUUCCCCGAGCAUCACUGGCUUCCCAACGAUCAGCUCCCUCUCUUAGAAGCCCUGCUGCCUCCCCGGGAGCAAGUGAUGGUUUCCGAAGAGAUGGAUCAUGUCGACCUGGUGGAAUUCGAUCCCAAAGAACGAACAUACCGAAACCACGGCGAAGCCUACGAAGAGGAUGAGGAAGGCCCAAGGACGGGGGUCCAGUGCCAGACCUCGUGAACCGAGCAGGUUCUGGCUGCCUGGGACUGUUAGGAAGAGCGUGAGGAAUCAUCGCCGGGGCUCCGUUUGUCAAGUUCGGCGCGACGAGAACAGAUGUAUAUUAGUUCUGUUUCAUAUUUAUGUGUUUGUGUUGUUUAAAAAAAAUGGAUCUGUGUAACUUGAAA